GGGAUGGGUUACAAAUACCACAUCUAAAUUUGUCGCGGCCUUUGUACAGCACUGUACGCGGAGUAAUUGCUGGGAUGUUAACUAAUUUAUUUUGAGGCUUUAUUUCCGGUGGAAGAGCAAAGAAAAUGUAUCGAAAAUCAGAUUUCUUCACCAUUAUCGUACUGGUACUUGUGUUUGAACAAACUGGCGGAAUGGCAUUGGGCGAAGAUUGCACCUCGACUGCUUGCACUACGGCAAACGCAGUUUGCCCAGCGACAGGGACAAAGACAUGUACGUGCGCUACAGGCUAUACGCAACAAGGGACAGCAUGCAAAGCAGACCUUGGGACAGCUUGUACCACCACUGCUGACUGUGAUACGACGACCGCCGCAACUGAUGUGUGCGAUGUACUCGCCACACCCGCAGUCUGUAAAAUAAAGAGUACCGGUGACUGUACUGGUAAAACAGACAAGUGCGUCAGCGGUGCGGCUUGCACGACCAACGCUUGCGCGUGUUACACCAAGUACAAGGAAAACACUGAUAAACUCUGUGCAACAGUCCUGGGCUCGACCUGUACCAUCACUGCAGACUGCACCUCGACUGUUGCUAAUUCGGACUGUACAGGGACAGGGACAAAGACAUGUACAUGCGCUACAGGCUAUACGAAACAAGGAGCAGAAUGCAAAGCAGACCUUGGGACAGCUUGUACCACCACUGCUGACUGUGAUACGACGACAACCACAACUGCUGUAUGCGAUGUACUGGCCACAACCAAAGUCUGUAAAAUAAAGAGUACCGGUGACUGUACUGGUAAAACAGACAAGUGCGUCAGCGGUGCGGCCUGCACGACCAACGCUUGCGCGUGUUCCACCAAGUACAAAGAAAACACUGAUAAACUCUGUGUAACAGUCCUGGGCUCGACCUGUACCAUCACUGCAGACUGCACCUCGACUGUUGCUAAUUCGGACUGUACAGGGACAGGGACAAAGACAUGUACCUGCGCUACAGGCUAUACGAAACAAGGAGCAGAAUGCAAAGCAGACCUUGGGACAGCUUGUACCACCACUGCUGACUGUGAUACGACGACAACCACAACUGCUGUAUGCGAUGUACUGGCCACAACCAAAGUCUGUAAAAUAAAGAGUACUGGUGACUGUACUGGUAAAACAGACAAGUGCGUCAGCGGUGCGGCCUGCAAGACCAACGCUUGCGCGUGUUCCACCAAGUACAAGGAAAACACUGAUAAACUUUGUGCAACAGUCCUGGGCUCGACCUGUACCGCCACUGCAGACUGCAACUCCACUGUUGCUAAUUCGACAUGUACUGGCACUUCUGGUUCAAUGACGUGCACCUGUGACGCUGGCUUCACUAAGCAGGGGGCUGACUGCAGUGCUGGGGCUGCUGGUGGGGCAACUGGUGCUGCAGCGUGCCUGGUGAUGAUUAUGGCCUGCAUCUUCACAAACAUUCUUUAAGCAUAUUGCUUCCAUAGAAAUUCUGGAAGAUCAUGUACACUAUGUUGCAUGUAGACUAUCCAUAUAGAAAGCAACAUAUAUAAAUAAUCGAGAUUUAGGAUAUAACACUUCACUUAUGUUUACUUUUACUUAUAUCAAAAUCAAAUUUUCAAUGUGUAUUUUCUUUUUUAUUUUAUUGAUAUCUUCUUGACAUUUCGGUAGUCCAAUCUUCAUUCUUUUAAUGAUUUUUGUUGAUUCCAAAAUGUCACAUUCAAAGUCACUUAUCAAGCCCAUGUUCGUAAUCGACUUUCGGGGAAAUAGAAUUUACGAAAGAAAAACGCUCUUUUGAGAAUUCAGAUUUUAACUCUGAAAUGUUUAAGAUGUUUUCACCUGUAUUUUACUUUUUUAUUUAAGUGUUUGUGUGUGAUAAGCCAUAUACUGCAAAUGAUAAUUAUUGAAAUGAAAGUGCCGAUAUGGUUUGUAUGAUCACAUGAACUACGGGCCGAAUAAACAGCGUGUGCAACAAAGGCUGACUAAAACUAACAGUUAUGCAUGUGCAUAAUUCCUUAUUUCCGGGCUUUUUGUUUAUAGUGUUUUUGUUUAUGCUUAAUAAAUAUAUCGUAACUUGA